GUGGUUAAUCGACAUCGAUUUUGUGAUGGCAUCUCCACAAUACGCGAAAACCAAACGUCAACGUCAUUCAAAAUUGUCUUCAAUCUGGUUGAAAUAGUAUUUUGAUAUAAAUAUUUUCAACCACGAAAAUAUUUGGUUUUUAAAUAAUUGUUGGUUAUCAGCCAUGGAAACAUCGGAUGAAAAUCAAAUAAACAAAAUCGUCUUUAGCGAUGAAGUACAAAGUGCAAUAGAACAGGUCUUGCAAAGCACAGAUCCAUUAGAUAGUCCAGACUUCAAUACUAUCGACUACAUCAAUCAACUAUUUCCAACCGAACAAUCUCUGUCUAACAUUGACGAUGUCAUUACGAAAAUGGAAACUGAAGUCACAUCAAUCGAUGAUCACAUCCGUAGUGUUGUACGUAGUCAAAGUAAUACCGGACAGGAUGGUCUGGCUGCAUUGCAAGAGGCACAGAAAGUUAUCGUCCAGCUGUUUAGUCAAAUUGUAGAAAUUAAAACGCGGGCAGAACGCACAGAAGACAUGGUUCGAGAAAUAACAAGGGACAUCAAACAAUUGGACUGUGCGAAGAAGAAUCUCACGUCGGCGAUAACAACAUUGAAUCAUUUGCAUAUGCUGGUGGGUGGUGUUGAAAGUUUAAUAAAAUUGGCAGAAAAGAGACAGUACGGAGAGCUACUGAACCCUUUACAGGCAAUAACUGAAGUCAAUCAACACUUUCAGCAGUACACCGAUAUAUCUCAGAUAAAGGAACUAUCGAACGAAGUUGACCAAAUUCAUCGAAAGUUGGCCUCUCAAAUUACUGAAGAUUUUCAUAGCGCGUUCACCGGAUCGAAUGCUACGAAAAUGUCCUUAUCUCAGUUAAGCGAUGCGUGUCUGGUAGUAUCCGUACUUGAUAGUCGAGUUAAGCAAGAUUUAUUGAAAUGGUUCAUAAAUCUUCAGCUGCAAGAAUACAUGCAACUGUUCCAUGAAAAUCAAGACAUUGCAUGGCUGGACAAAAUAGACAAACGAUACGCUUGGUUGAAACGCCAUUUGCUCGAUUUCGAGGAUAAAUACGGCAAAGUGUUUCCAUUGGACUGGGAGGUGUCCGAACGCAUUACCGUUCAAUUUUGUACCGCAACCCGAGACGAACUGUCCAAAGUGAUGUCGAAACGACGGAAUGAAAUCGAUGUGAAAUUGCUGCUGUUUGCCAUUACGAAAACAUCAACGUUCGAACUGUUGCUGGCGAAGCGAUUCAGUGGAAUUACAUUGAACAGCGAAAAGAGUGCCGAGACGACAACGGAUGGAAACAAUGCUGAAGUACAAUCACCAUUCCUCGAUCUGAUCGGUGUCUGUUUUAAACCGUACUUGGACAUAUACACUGACAGUAUCGACCGCAAUUUGUCGGAAAUUAUUGAACGCUUUGUGCAAGACAGCAAAAUUGCAUUCGAUCCGAUCAUCAACAACUCGACAGUUUUCCCAAGCUGUGCCGAUUUGUUUGUGUUUUACAAGAAGUGUAUAGUGCAGUGCACUCAGUUAAGUAACGGCAAGCCAAUGUACGAUCUAGCGUUGAUUUUUAAGAAAUAUCUGCGAGAGUAUGCUUCGAAAAUCCUAGAAUUCAAAAUACCCAAAGUGACGACCGUGCAUUCAUCACUCGGAACCUCCAUGUCAAUGCUGACCAAGGAUCUACAAAAUCUAUCAACGGCAGCUGGACAAGUCAUUCAUAGUUUAUUGAAAGAGGGAGAAACCCUUCGCUACACGAAAGACGAACUGGUGCGAAUCUGCUGCAUUUUGACCACAGCCGAAUAUUGUUUGGAAACGGCACAGCAACUGGAGGAGAAGCUGAAAGAAAAGGUCGAACCAAUUUAUUCCGAGAAAAUUGAUCUAUCAAAUGAAAAGGACAUUUUCCAUCGAAUCAUAUCGAACUGCAUUCACUUGAUGGUUCAGGAUAUGGAAAGUGGAUGCGAACCGGCGCUGAUUGUCAUGAGCAAGAUCCAAUGGCAACAUAUUAAUAAUGUGGGCGAUCAAAGUCCUUUCGUUAAUUCACUAAUCACACACUUCAAACUGACAAUUCCAAUAAUCCGUGACAAUUUAUCUUCGUCCCGCAAAUAUUUCACCCAAUUUUGUCAUAAAUUCGUUAACUCAUUCAUUCCCAAAUACAUUACCACACUGUACAAAUGCCGACCAACGAACUCUCAGGACGGCACCAACAAUAUAAUGGGCUGUGAACAAUUGCUUUUGGACACUCACAGCAUCAAAACAGUUCUACUAGAUUUGCCAUCGAUCGGUUCAUCCGUGAAUCGAAAAGCGCCAGCAAGUUACACAAAGGUUGUGGUCAAAGGUAUGACCAAAGCCGAAAUGAUCAUCAAAGUGGUCAUGGCGCCAAUAGUACCGGCAACCGGAUUUACCGAACAAUUCCUUAAAUUACUGCCCGACAGUUCGUUCACCGAAUUCCAUAAGAUUCUCGACAUGAAAGGAUUGAGACGAACCGAUCAAACACAAUUGGUAGAACUACUGAAACGCAAUGCGCCCAAAGAGAUGGUCGUCGAAAUGGGACAAUUAUCGUCUCUAGCUUCGUCGAAUAGUCCCGAAGAGAAGGGACACAUUAAGAAAUUGGAAAAAUUGAUUAAGAAACGGUUGCCCAAUUGAGAAGUGUCAAUAAAUUAUUAAAAACUUUAGCCUUAUCCGGUAUCUAAA